AUGUCCGUGAUCACGAGGCGCCCUUGCUUCAUGCCUGCGGCUGCGUUGCGCAGUCAGCAACAGACGUUCGCGCUCGUCCAGAGUGGCUUCACCUGCCGACUUCAACUCCGGUACAGCUCGCAGGGGGCGUUUUUGCCGAGUGAGCGACCUUGGCGUCGAAGGCAGGUUCUAGAACUUAUUCGUCAAGUGCAGCAGGGCGAGCGCUACCGGGAGCGCCUUCGUCGAGAGUGCCAACUGCCGCUCGGACUCUGGGACCUGGUGGCACAGCGCAUCAGCGGCUGGAAGCUCAAACGCUUGCGUCGUUGGCUUCGUGGCGCCGAAAACCUUCUUUUGACGCACAAGCAGCUGCCUCUAAAGGGACAGGAAACUCUCUCCGAAGGUGCCGAGCUCAGCUGUGCUGCCCAUGCACCCCAAGAGCUAGUAUUUCGUGCAAUGCUAGCCUAUUGUCGGCAGCGCUAUGGUGAAGAACUGGGUUCGCUCGCUCGGCUUGCAGUGUGUGCAGACUUAAGCUUGCCAGCGACUUGGUUUCCCCUCGCCCGCGCCCGCAAGAGAAAGGUGAUUUAUCAUGCAGGGAAAACCAACAGCGGGAAGACUCAUCAGGCAUUGCAGCGCUUUCUGAACGCCGAGUCGGGUGUGUACUGCGGACCUCUUCGGCUGCUCGCCUGGGAAGUCUACGAUCGACUGAACAAGCAGGGCAUUGCCUGCAUCCUGCGAACUGGUCAGGAGUUCGCCAUGCCGCCAGGCUCGCCUUCAACAGCAAAUGUGAAAGAUGCAGCGAUGAUGCCUGGGUCAGUGUCGGGCGCCCUGAAUCAUGCCUUGAGCCCGAAAACCGAUGAUCACGAAGAGGAAGACGAGGAUGAAGACGAAGAGGAAUCGAACGCGUCUGCCGCUUUCGAUGAUGAGCGCAUUCAUCUAGGACGCCAUGCGCACAGCGGCCUAGCCAGAGGCGUUGCGCUCGAUCAGUCAGUGACUGAUCCACUUGACUUUCCAAAACAGGUACGUUUCGUGUCCUGUACUGUAGAGAUGGCUGAUCUCUAUCGUCCCGUGCAAGUCGCCAUAGUUGAUGAAGUGCAGAUGAUUGCUGAGCGGGAGCGUGGUGGUGCAUGGACGCGAGCGAUCCUCGGUUUGCCGGCGGAUGAGCUCCACCUCUGCGGAUGUCCCAGUGCAGUUGACGUCGUACGCGCUAUGAUCGAGGAAGACUGCCACGAGCAACUAGAGGUGCGCACCUACGAGCGUCUAGGUCCGUUACGUGUCUCAGAGAAGGCACUGGGCGAGACCCAGCGCCAGUGGAGCCGUGGCGUGCGUGCCGGGGACUGUUUCGUUACGUUUUCCAGACGCGAACUCUUCCGCAUCAAACACCAGUUGGAACGAAAUGCUAUCAAACCUCUACAGUGCGCUGUCAUCUACGGCUCACUGCCACCGGAAACACGUCGUGAACAGGCGCAGCUCUUUAAUGAGGCGGAUACCCACUCGAUUCUGGUGGCGACGGACGCAGUCGGCAUGGGCCUGAACCUCAAUAUUCGGCGCAUGAUCUUCUCCGCUUUGGACAAGUUCGACGGGACUCAGCGUCGACCGCUAACGACCGCAGAAAUUCUUCAAAUUGCGGGCCGAGCCGGCCGCUAUGCCGGGCCUGACCGGCGGCCCCAGUGCGGUGAGGUCACCGCGUUUCGCCAGGACGACCUCAGACGUCUUCGAAGCAUUCUGCAUGGUGCCGGUAUCGAUACGCACGGCUGGCCUGCCUCGAUUGUACCGGAAAAAGUCACAAAAGCGGGCCUCAGUCCGACUCGAGAGAUGAUGGAGGCGUUUGCCGCUCGCUGUACUGCAGAGCUUGCUUCGCGCUCGGCGUCUGGCGAUGACCUGAUGCGGCGAGCUGCCACGAAGCGACCGCCACUCAGUGAGCUCUACGAAAAAUUUGAAAACCUGGCCCAAGUGGACGCUUCCGGGCGAUACUUCGUGUGCGACCUCACCGACGUCAAGCGAAUCUGCCGUCUCCUGGAGCGUGCCCGGGUUGACGAAUGGAUGACCUUUGAUCUACUGUACAGUGCGUCUAUGGCUCCGCUCAAGCUCGACGAUGCUGCGGCCUGCGAGGCCAUGGUCCAGUUUAUGCGAGCAUUCACCACAAGCGGCGUGGUGCGUCUCACUCUCCAGCAGUGCGGCUCCAGGAUGGCGUUGCGUUGGUUGAGUGGGGCGCCCCAGUGGAGCUCCGGGCCUCGCACGGUUUCUGAACUCAGGGAGCUCGAGUCGCUCUACCACGUCCUCGAUCUAUAUAAUUGGUUUGCGAAUCGAUACACUGACGCAUUCGUGGACCGAGAUCGUGCCUCUGAAUUGCGCCAGCGAUGUGCAGAGGCAGUUGCUCGUGGUCUCGCGAACCUCUCCCAAAGUGCCAUCGAAGACGAGCAUGACGACAUGCAGGCCGACACCCUCUCACAGAGACGUCCGCGGCGAACUCGCUACCGUCUUCGUCUGGAUGAAAAUGAACGUCUGCAGUAUGUAUCCUAUCUGCGGAAGCACCAACCGCUAUAUCUGCGAUGA